GGUGCGAACUUUUCCAGUUGGCAAACAUGAACUGACUGGGCAUAAAGUUGCUGUGAAGAUACUCAAUCGACAGAAGAUUCGAAGCCUUGAUGUGGUAGGAAAAAUUCGCAGAGAAAUUCAGAACCUCAAGCUUUUCAGGCAUCCACAUAUAAUUAAACUGUACCAGGUCAUCAGUACACCAUCUGAUAUUUUCAUGGUGAUGGAAUAUGUCUCAGGAGGAGAGCUAUUUGAUUAUAUCUGUAAAAAUGGAAGGCUGGAUGAAAAAGAAAGUCGACGUCUAUUCCAACAAAUCCUUUCUGGUGUGGAUUACUGUCACAGGCAUAUGGUGGUCCACAGAGAUUUGAAACCUGAAAAUGUCCUGCUUGAUGCACACAUGAAUGCCAAGAUAGCUGAUUUUGGUCUUUCAAACAUGAUGUCAGAUGGUGAAUUUUUAAGAACAAGUUGUGGCUCACCCAACUAUGCUGCACCAGAAGUAAUUUCAGGAAGAUUGUAUGCAGGCCCAGAGGUAGAUAUAUGGAGCAGUGGGGUUAUUCUCUAUGCUUUAUUAUGUGGAACCCUUCCAUUUGAUGAUGAUCAUGUGCCAACUCUUUUUAAGAAGAUAUGUGAUGGGAUUUUUUAUACCCCUCAGUAUUUAAAUCCUUCUGUGAUUAGCCUUCUGAAACAUAUGCUGCAGGUGGAUCCUAUGAAGAGGGCCACAAUAAAAGAUAUCAGGGAACAUGAAUGGUUCAAACAGGAUCUUCCAAAAUAUCUCUUUCCUGAGGAUCCAUCAUAUAGCUCAACCAUGAUUGAUGAUGAAGCCUUAAAAGAAGUGUGUGAAAAAUUUGAAUGUUCAGAAGAGGAGGUUCUCAGCUGCCUUUAUAACAGAAAUCACCAGGACCCUUUGGCAGUUGCCUACCACCUCAUAAUCGAUAACAGGAGAAUAAUGAAUGAAGCCAAAGAUUUCUACUUGGCAACAAGCCCACCUGAUUCUUUUCUUGAUGAUCAUCAUUUAACUCGCCCCCAUCCUGAAAGAGUACCAUUCUUGGUUGCUGAAAUGCCAAGAACACGCCAUACUCUUGAUGAAUUAAAUCCACAGAAAUCCAAGCACCAAGGUGUAAGGAAAGCAAAAUGGCAUUUGGGAAUUAGAAGUCAAAGUCGACCAAAUGACAUCAUGGCAGAAGUAUGUAGAGCAAUUAAACAACUGGAUUAUGAAUGGAAGGUUGUAAACCCAUAUUAUUUGCGUGUACGGAGGAAGAAUCCUGUGACCAGCACAUAUUCCAAAAUGAGUCUACAGUUAUAUCAAGUGGAUAGCAGAACUUACUUACUGGAUUUCCGUAGUAUUGAUGAUGAAAUUACAGAAGCCAAAUCAGGGACUGCUACUCCACAGAGAUCGGGAUCAAUUAGCAACUAUCGAUCUUGCCAAAGGAAUGACUCAGAUGCUGAGGCUCAAGGAAAAUCCUCAGAAGUUUCUCUUACCUCAUCUGUAACCUCACUUGAUUCUUCUCCUGUUGACUUAACUCCAAGGCCCGGAAGUCACACAAUAGAAUUUUUUGAAAUGUGUGCAAAUCUAAUUAAAAUUCUUGCACAGUGAACCCGAAACUUUGCUUAUUUCUUUGAUAGCAAUAAGCAUGCAUAAUAAAUAAUAGCCAAAUGCUUACAUGUGUAAUCAAAUUAUAGAUAUAUAUAAUUAUAACUAAGGAUGGCCUUUUGGAAUGCAAUUUGCACAGGAAUUGGGACACAAUAAUUAAAAGCCUAUUGUGCAGAAAUAAAUUAAGAUCUUUUUGUUGUUAUUACUCAAUAAGCAUAUAGCAUAAUAUAAUAUAAACACAAUGAAUUAGGUCUCUCAGGCUCUUUUGAUUUUUGGCUAUUUUAUAUUUAGUGUAUACAGGUCUUUGUAGAAUAUUAAUUUACCAGAAAGGCCUUCAUACAUGUUGAUGUGUUCUAUAUUUGCUUUGUAAAUUUACUCAAUCAAUGCUUGCCCAGAAUUCCCAUAGACCUUCAUAGGUGAUAGUGUCUUCUGGGCUUAUUGAGUCUUAAGUAGCUAGUAUUUUCCAGUAGUAGUAACAGUCUGGAUAACUUCUUUCAUGUCCUCUUAAAAUUCUGUCCUGUAUGGUAAGUUGUAUCAGAUAUUAGACUCAAUUUCAAUUUUUUUCUUUAGCUUGUUAAGUCCAAACACACAGAAUAUGUAUAUUCACAUACUUCCACACUAAAUUAAUCUCACAGUUUCUCUCCCUAUACUCUUUAAAGUGUUCUAUUUCAAGAGCUGCAUUGCAUAUAAUGUAUAUAAAUCAUGUUUUGCUAAUUUCACAAAUUCUCCCAGCUCAUGAUGUCAGCCAGUAUUGAAUGUAUGUAAGCAUCUCUAGUCACUUGAUGAUAAACCUUUUAAAUUGAGUGAGUGCAUAGAAGGAACACGUCUCACCAACUUUAAAUUCUUAGUGGAACUCCACUAUGAACUUUUUUAAAAAAGAAAAAUCGAAAGACUGUAGAGUAAUCCUAUCUAUGUGUAUCUAUUAGUUAGAUUUCUUUAACAUUUUGCCUUAUUUGCUUCCUGUACCCAGAGAUAUAGUUACGCAUAUACAUUUGUGUGUGUAUAUAUAUAUGUUUUUCUGAACUAUUUAGAUGUUAGACACAUUUAUCAGCCCUAACUGCUUAGAGGGUCUCCUAAAAAAUGAGUAUCCUCAGAAAACUAUCAUAAGUCCAUUAUAAAUUUAGAAACUUCCUAUUAUCUGCUACUCAUUCCAUAUUUAUAUUUCCUCAUUUAUCCUCCAAAUUGCUUUCAUAGACAGUUAUUUCAAACCAGGAUCCAAUUAAAGUUUACACAUUGGAUUUUGUUAUAUCUCUUUCAUCAGAUAUAAUAUUAAUAUUAUUUUGAUAAAAUGUAGAACAAAUCACAGUUCUUCUGAAUGGCCAAAUUUGUUUUGUUUUAAUUAUUUAAAAAAAUUAGCAUUAUGGGAUCUCUCUAAAGAUAUUUAAGAUCUCUUACAUAUUUUUUUUACUCAGUAAUAAAACCACAUAAAUGUAAAUGAAGGUUUCAAAGUCACCUCACAUGAAAUUCAUAUCAUUUGUAUUCUAAUAAAUACUAUAUUGUCCACAUUUGCCUAAUAUUAGCUUUAUUUUUAAUUUGAGACAGGGUCUCACUAUGUAGUUCAGGCUGGCCUUGAACUGA